GUGUGCCCUCCACUCGAGUGCGGCAGAAUAACCUUCGCUUCCUCACUCAAGCAGACGUAUUAUCUGAUGCAGUUUUCUGAGACGAAGGCACUAAGCGAUGCUGUUGGAUUUGGGUCUGCCUUUCUGUUUGCCUCUGUGUUUGGUAUCAGGUUGUACAAUACCCGGAAGCUGGUGCCAUCCGGCCUUAUUUCAGUACUCUCUCUAGGUGCCCUGGGAGUCUUCUACGCUGCUUACUUGCAAGACAAGAAGGAGGGGAGCUGGCCUUCUUCACGUAUCGAGACAGUUUCUACCUUGGAUUCAAUAAGGAGGGGACCCGGCCUUCUUCACGUCUCGUGCAACAACCCGGUGAGUGUCGUGCUCUUCAAAUACUCAGAGGCGGACUUCACUGUGAAGCCCAGAGACUGCAUCACGCAGAUGAUCGUCCAGGUGAUUGCAAUGUCGAAGGUCAUCGAGGUGGAGGACCUCGACAUGGGGCUGCGGCGACGAUGAUGACGACGACAUCGGCAUCGACACAGGGCUACGGCGGCGACGAAGACGACGACAUCAUCAUGGUGCUCCGGCGGCGGCGACGACGGCAACAUCAACACCAUCAACACGGCCUUGUGGAGGCGCCGACGCCGACUACAUUGACGCAUGGCAUAUAUUGUGUGUGUGUGCGCGCGCACGCACACGUGCGUGUGUGCGUGUG